AAUUAUUACUUGUUUGUUUAGUUGUCUUGUCUUAGGUUGGUUCUAAAUCGUGUUUGUUUCUGUAUGGGGAUUAAAACACCUUGUAAAAGACAUUGCUGACGUUCAUUCAAACACUUACCGUACGAUUUGUUUUGUUUUAAAUUAGGCGAAGGUGCGAAUUGGCUCAAGUUUGCAAUUUAAGAUUAAAAUAGAUCUGAAUCAAUAAUUAAUUGAUCUGUAUGGGAGACGACGGAGCCAUGGAUCCAUGUGAAUGUUUUUGGAAUCAUGAGAUAGCAAUGCGUCGCCUUUUGUCUCUUUUGAGACAAUCCCAGACUGUAUGCACCGACAAUGAAUGCUUUGAUGAAUUGCCGAGAUUGCCUGGAUCCCAGACUUCCCCAGAAGGUGGAAUGAUGAUGAUGCUGAUGGCCUGGAUUGCCUUUGCUGUCAUCAUGUUCCUGAUGCGACCUCGAAGCUUACGCAACAAGACUGAUGCAGAUUUUCGCAAUAAUGAGGGUGAUGAUGGCAGACCCCCAAUGCCUCCUCCGGCUUUGAAUUGAUUAACUUUGGCUGUGAUCUUGAGUACCAAUAUUACUUCUACUCUUUUCUGGACCUGUUAUUUUACUAGUAAUAUAUUUUGUAAAGAGCUUUUUUGAAUUAGAGAUUUUAAUGGAGUAUUAUUAUCAUAGCAUCACAAAACUUAUUACUGUAUGGCCAUAGUUGUCAUAUAUUUUACCAAUAAUAUUGGAAGAUUUCUUUUAUACUUUUCGCCUUUUUAUUUUUUAAUCUUCAUCACAGUCAUUUGCCUGUGGUAUUGUUUGUUGGCUUUAUUGGGGGGCCCAUCAUUGCUAUACAUUUUGUAUCAGUGAUGUUAAGAGUCCUUGGAGCCUACCCCUACUAACUAAUAUAACACAUACAAAACUACAAAGAAUAUUUCUAAUCUCAUAGUGCCCUAGAUAUUUUAAUUACAAUCAUUUGGUAUUUGAAUAAAAAUAUUUUGUGAUGAUAAAUAACUCUUCAACUGCUGUUUGGAAUUAAUCUAAGAUGGCUGCUAGCCUCCAAAGACUCUUAAUUACAAUUUAAAAACGACACUCACAGUGUCCCUUAAGUAAACAGCCAAACUCAGGAAAAUGAUUUUUUGGGUCAAAAUAAAGUGAAAAUCAAGAAUUUAAUUUUUCCCAUUAACGCUAAACAAUUAAACUGUGUUUUUGUUUUUUUACAUAUUUUUUUUAUUUUAAAACUUUUCAACUAAUCAUAAUAAAACUUGGUAUGUACUAUAAAGUUAAGAAAAAUCUAUGUUGAAAAAAAUAAUUUGGUCCAAUUUGACAUUUCAAAAUGGUGAUUAUUUUAAUUUGUAUAACUUCAAUUACUAAGUGGCCAAUUUUAUAAAAAGGUGUCAAACACUCUUUUGUUUAGCAUUAAAAACUUCCUAUCGAAUGACGCCAAGUUCAACAAAAUUGAAUAUGAUAUAGUCUAACUGAAAAUAUGACGUUUUUCAGUCGUAGAGUAAGGCAAAAUGAGGUGCAUCCUGAACAACCAUGCCUUAAGCUAGUCAAGCUUUAAGCCGGAGACCUUAACGCACAUAAAUUUUCCGGAGAUUUGUGGUUUACUUAUGGGACACCCUGCAUGCACAGCAGGUUUUAAAAUUUCAAAUGUGUAAUACUCAUUAUUUGACAUUUUAGCACAAUGUAGGCCAACUUAAAUGUUUCAGUUUAAAAAUUGUGUCUUCUUUAAAGUUCUGUUCAAAAUUUUCUUUUUUGAAAUCAAAGAAACUGUUUUUUUAGAAUUAUUCUUUGUCAAGAGAAAGUCUUUUGUUAUUGUACCUUCUUUUGUUAGCAGUCAUACAAUAGUGAAACUUAUUGGCUAUUUUGGAGGAAUUUUAUAGAGCACAGCAUUUCCUGGAGUACAAAAUAUUUAAUAUAGAGUUGAAUACACUUUUGUAUUUGAGAAAUUAUGUAUUUCAUGCCUGCACUACUAUAAAUAAUAUAAUAAUUACUUAUGAGGAGUUUUGAUUUGUUUGUCAUUAAAUUAUUUUCCACUUAUAAUUUAUACUAUGCUUUCUUCAGGAAGUAAGUGCCAACAAUUUAGGAGUAGGUUUAAUGGGUCAAAAUGAAACUAAAACCGAGAAUAUUAUUUCCCAAAAAUACCUUGUUAGCGAGUAUCCGCCAUUUUGUUUUUUGUGUGGUUUUAAAUUAACAUCUUAAAAACUAUUGAAAAUAUCUUUAUGAAACUGAAUAUACAAUUUCAAAGAGUUAUAAUCUAUUUGAGAUAAAAAAUAUUAUUAAAGAAUGUUAAGACUACUUUUAUUUAGCUUUGAAAUUUUACUACCAAACAACAACAAGUUAAAAAAUAUUCAAUAAUAAUUAGCUGUAAAAUCACAACUUGUAUGAGUAAAAUGAUGCAAAACCCUGACUGCUUGGCCUUAUUUUGCCUGGUCUCUACAACUUGUUAUGAAUCUAUUACUUUGAACUUGCUGUUUGAUAGGAAAUUUUCAAUGCUAAAUAAAGGUGUUCUUGGUAUAUUUAGUAGUUUUGGUUAUAAAAAUAAAAAUUACCACUAUUUUGAAACCAUAAGGUAUUCUCCAAUGGUUAUAUUUCUCCAAAUAGCUUAUGACUGUUAUAAAUUGUAUACCAAAUACCAAAUUUUAUAGAGAUAUCUUCAAUAGGUUUGUAAUUUAUGAAUUUGAAAUACAAAACAAGAAAUUGUGGAUAUCUCACUAACAAGUCACUUUUGGAAAAAAGGUUUUCUUGUUUUUGUUUUGUUUUGAGACGUAAAAACUAUUCCUAUAUUUUUGGUACUUUCUAACAAACACCCUGUAUAAAAUAAUGUACUAACUAUUGUUUGUGUUUUGCACUGGUUGAUUUAUUAUCGAACUACUUAUUUUUGUUAUUAUUACCACCAUAUUAUUGUUGUAUAACAUAUUGAUAUUUGCCUACUAUUGAUAUUUGCCUACACAUUUUCCAGUGUUACCUGGAGUAAGAGUGCUAUGGUGUUGCCAUGGAAAAUGAAAUCCAAAUUAUCCUUUAGUAGUUUGUCCUUUUAGUACUUUUUUUUUAAUUUUGUUGGUCAAUUCUAAUAAUUGGAAAUAAUUAUUUUACAAACAUGAUGUUUUCUGUGAUACUUACCUCAAGGUUACAAUUCUAUAUGAAAUAAGAUAUUUGCUGUAUUAUAAAUAAAUUAGAAUUAGAGAUAUUAUAGAAAAUGUUCCUUUUCUGUUAAUGCUACUUUUAGGUAUCUUUUUCUUAAAAAUCAUUGCCUUUAUUUUAUUUUUUUACACAAUUAAAAACACAUUCAGGAGUUUUGCUUACCCAGAAAGUCAAGGUGUAUGCUAUUUUAAAGUGUCAACAGUCAUAUGAUAAACAUAUCUUGUAAUUCUUAAUACACGUUUAUUUUAUUUUUAUGCUGGCCCUUUUCUGUUUUUUUUAUUUUUCUAUUUUUGUUUAUAAUGGUAACAUUUAUGGUUGUCAGUAUUGGGCCAGUUUUACAUAUUUUUCAUGAAUAAAAACACAAUCGAAACAUGUAUAGUUUGAAGGUUAACAUAAUAUGAGGGUUUAGUUUUGUUUUGUGUUUAUGUUCUAAUUUUCUCAGUUUAUUUUGUUUGUUAUGGCAUUAAAUGAUUUUAUUAUUACAUUUAUUUUAGGAAACUAACUAGUUUUGUUCCAAACAAAGUUUGUUAUUUUUCUGUUUUAAUAGAAGUAGGAAUCAUUCCAUUUUCUAGUUUGUAUUAAAGUUGUAUUUUGUUUGUAAUCUUAUGGCGUUUUAUUGCAUACUUAUGAGUGUGUGGGGUUUUGUCAAAUCAUGAAUAGUAAAAAGUUGCUAAUACAUUUGUGAUUUUUUAAAAGGGUAAUAAAAAUAAAAAGACUAAAGA